AUGUCCAGUCGAUGGUGGGACUUUGGCGGCGACACCAUAAUUCGAACAGACCAAUACAUCCGACUGACGUCCGAUUUCCCGUCCCAGUCAGGCUGGCUCUUUUCUAGAAUCCCUGUCACGGCCACGAACUGGGAAGUGGAAUUCGAAUUCUCGAUAAACGGCAAAGGACAUCUGCAUGGAGAUGGAUUUGCUAUGUGGAUUACAAAGGAGAGGGGUCAACCAGGGCCGGUGUUCGGGCAUGCGGACCAGUUUGAAGGGUUGGGCAUCUUCUUCGACACCUACAAGAACAACAGGCCUGGCGUGGUGUUUCCCUAUGUGAUGGCCAUGGUAGGCGAUGGCAAGACGACGUACGACACGGCAAACGAUGGCAAGGCGAAUGAGCUGGCUGGCUGUUCGGCUCGCGGACUGCGCGGGGCUUCGAUCCCCACGAAGGCCAAAUUGACAUAUUUCCAAGACAAGUCGCUGACUCUACAACUUCAAUACAAGGCGGCAGAUUCGUGGAUCGACUGCUUCAGUGUCGAACCCACAGAACAGCAACCUUUAAAGCUGCCCAACACGGCCUAUCUUGGCUUCAGCGCACACACGGGCGAGUUGUCGGACAACUUCGACAUCAUCAGCGUGGAGACGCGGAAUCUGUACAACCCGGUGGCGACGAAUGCGGGCAGGACUGCGGCGGCGGCGGCUCGAGCAAGCGCUAGAGGAAGAAGGGAGAAGAAGAGUGGUGGAUGGGGAUGGUUCUUUUUCAAGUUGAUAUUCUUUGUUGGCUUGGUCGGUGGUGGUUACGUGGGGUACACCAGGUACAAACAGAAGCAACGAUACUCAGGGUUCUUCUAG